AUGCAGCCCUUGGAGACCCCUGUCAAGGAGGGCUUCCUCUACCAGCAGCACAUCAAGUUUGGCAAGAAGUGCUGGCGCAAGGUGUGGGCACUGCUCUAUGCUGGAGGCCCAUCCGGCGUGGCCCGGCUGGAGAGCUGGGAUGCCCGAGAGUCUGGUCUAGGGUCUGCGGGGGACAGGUCUGCACGUCGCGGGGAGCGACGGGUCAUCCGCCUGGCUGACUGCGUGUCCGUGCUGCCCGCUGACGGAGAGAGCUGCCCCCGAGACACAGGGGCCUUCCUGCUCACCACCACUGAGCGAAGCCACCUGCUGGCUGCCCAGCAGCGCCAGGCCUGGAUGGGCCCCAUCUGCCAUCUGGCCUUCCCGGGCAUAGGCGAAAGCACCUCAGCUUCAGGGGAGGCUGAGUCUCCCACCCGGGGCCGUGUCCCCAUGGAGGAAAACGCCAUCUAUUCCUCCUGGCAGGAAGUGGCCGAGUUUCCAGUGGUGGCGCAGAGGACAGAGGCUGCUGCUCGUUGCCAGCUGAAGGGGCCCUAUCUGCUAGCACUGGGCCAAGAUGCCAUCCAGCUGCAGGACCCUGCCAGCCCGCAGACGCUCUACACCUGGCCCUACCGCUUCCUGCGCAAGUUCGGCUCUGACAAGGGGGUGUUCUCCUUUGAGGCCGGCCGCAGGUGCGACUCCGAGGUCGAGGUGGCGGGCGGCGGCCGCCCGGGCGCGCAGACGGGCUUCAAGGCCAAGCUGGUGACCCUGCUGAGCCGCGAGCGGAGAAAAGGCCCUGUGCCCUGCGACCGGCCCUGA